AUGAAGUUCGCCAAUUACCUGGCGGUUCUGUCACCCCUCGUCGCAGCUUCUGCUGUGAAAAUCUCCAGUAGCAACGCCCCGCGAGACGCAAAAGUCAAUUAUGAUGGAUACCAUGUCUACCGGGUGUCAACCGCCAAUGCCCCCAGCGACCUCCAAUCCCGUUUAGUGUCAUUCCCCUCCAUCGACUUGAAAGAUUUCGUUGAGGUCGCGGUUCCGCCGAAUGACAUUGGCGGCUUCGAGGCUUUAGGACUUGAUACCCAACUUCUGAGCAACGACUUGGGCAGCCAGAUUAGGGAAGAAUCUCGAGUCAUUAACUCUACCCCAUUGACGAAACGAGGCGGCUUGCCAAGCCUAAGCUGGUUCGAUUCCUACCACUCAUAUGAUGACCACGUACAAUAUUGGAAGGAUCUUCAUGCCGCGUUCCCAAACAACUCGCAGUGGUUGGACAUUGGAUCUUCGUACGAAGGGCGCAACAUCUUUGGGCUGAAGCUUUGGGGUGGAAAACCGGCAGAGAACAAGCCCAUUGCCCUCUGGCACGGUACCGUUCACGCCAGGGAAUGGAUCACAACUAUGACCGUCGAAUACCUGACUUACCAGCUCAUCGAAGGCUAUCGGUCCGGGAACAAGAACGUCACAGCAUUCUUCGACGCUUACGACUUCUACAUCAACCGUCAACCGCGCUCCAACAUCACCUGUAUCGGCACUGACGGUAACCGUAACUGGGACUUCCAAUGGAACUACCCCCUCGAGGACGGCAGCGUCUCAUCAGAUCCCUGCAGCCAGACCUUCCGAGGCCUCAGCCCAGGUGACACGACUGAGAACGUCGUUCUCUCCGCUCUCUCCCGCAAGCUAGCUGCCACGCCGGGGGGCAUUCGCCUCUUCAUUGACUGGCACAGCUACUCACAGCUCAUCCUCCUCCCUUGGGGUUUCUCUUGCGCGCCAGAUGUCCUCCCCAAGAACCUGCAGGCACAGCGUGAUGUUGGCGGUGGUUACGCAGCUGCUAUCAACGCGACGAGUGGCGAGGAGUAUCAGGUCGGGCCUUCGUGUGAGAUCUUGUACUACUCCACUGGUUCUGCGAGAGACUUCCAUCACGGCGCGCUGAAUGCUACGUAUUCUUGGAGUGUUGAGUUGAGGCCUAAGACCAGUGGUGCCGGUGGCUUUGUGCUGCCUCCGGAGUUGAUUCGGCCGACGGUCAAGGAGCACUGGGCGGGGAUCAAGUAUGUUCUCGGUGUUGUUGGCUAG